GUUGCUUGCAUCUCCAUAGAGUGACCGUGACAUUUUCAAGGUCGUUUAGCUGACCAAUCGAGUGUGCUCGUCUUGUGUGCCCGAGAGCAAUGGAUAUAUUUGCCGUGUUCAAGGAUUCACACCUUUGAUUGUACAAAUUAUAUAACUGGCGACUGCUUUCGGAUGGUUUUACAUCUAAUGCGAUUGUGUAUUAGUCAUCGUACUCCCGCUCCCAAUGAGAUUAUGCGCUGUUGAACAAACCUUCGAGUGGCCUACCAUUAUGGUCGGAAUUCCAUUCUUAGUGUGUUAUAUUGUGUGUGCAUGCAAGUAAGCUGACAGUUCGGAGCGGACUCGAGAAUUUUUAGCCGGUAAUGCAAUACCUAUUUUUUCUUACAGAAUGUGUCUUGUGAUAUCCAAGGGAGAAUUACAAUGUGCGAUAGCUUGCUUUACACACCAUGAAAUUACACCUACCAAUUGGUUGUCUGCUUGUCACUAGUCCGAGGUCGCUGAAGCACGAUCCCAAUUGACACUCAUCCGUCAGGGAUCCGCUCAUGGCCCUGGAGCGUGUAUUGAACGGUGCUUUGUCGUACGCAUGCACAGGCCGGAAUGAAUUUCUGAAGAAGCUGAAAUCUCUUCCCAAAACCACUGCGGUGGUGAUAUCUUGCGUGGAUUCUCGAGUUUUCCCCGCCAACUUCUUAUCCACCGAACCUGGUGAUACAUUUAUCAUUCGAAAUCCAGGGAAUUUUGUACCGCCGGUGCAUCCAAAACACGAUCCGUGCGAUGUGCUCAGCACGCUGGAACUCGCAUGCGUUCGAGGCGAGGUGGAUGAUAUUUUCGUUUGUGGACACUCUGAUUGCAAGGCAAUGCAUUUGUUGAAUUCCAUGGGACGAUCCGUGGUAAAUCACAAGUUACAGUUGGAACAAAUGAGCCCCCUCCAAAAGUGGAUCGCCGUCCACGGCAUGGAAGGUUUCUAUAAAUACGACUUGGGCAAAGCUGUUUUGGACUUUCCCGUGAGGGAUAUAUUUCGCCUCUCAUUUCCACUUAGCCUCAAACUUUCUUCUUUGACUGACUUGAGCACACCGGACCAACUUUCCCAGAUUAACGUGGUGCAGCAGAUGUCGCAUAUUUAUUCCCAUUCUUUAUUGAUCGAACGCCUCCUCGCAGGCACCCUUCGCAUACAUGGUCUGUGGUUCCACAUACACUCUGCUCAGGUGCACAUGCUCAGCCGGCCCGAUCAACGAUUCAUUCCAGUCACCCGGGAAAGUGUACCACUUCUCUUAAAACAGUCCACGAUGUGAUGAUCAACGCAUAUACGAGUGAUUCUCUUCCGUCAAAUUCUAGUCUACUGUUUCAAGUAAUUUUGCUGGUCUUUUUUACAUUAUUUGACUCUGCUACUGUGAUUGUAUUUUGCUUUUGUUUUUAUCCUCUCUCUCCUCCUUGAUGUUUUACAUUUGUGCGGUCUUUCCGAUUUUCGUCAUCAGAAUACACAUAUUGCCUCUAG